CCGCCCCGGAAGUGGGUGGAACGUCGCACACCCGAGUCGCGUCGCGGCCGAGGCCGGUCCUGGCUUUGUAGCUCGCUCAAGAUGGCGGCGCAGCCACCCAGCGGGAUCCGCCUCAGCGCGCUUUGCCCGAAGUUUUUACAUACAAAUUCUACUAGUCAUACUUGGCCAUUCAGUGCAGUUGCUGAAUUAAUAGAUAAUGCUUAUGAUCCUGAUGUGAAUGCUAAACAAAUAUGGAUUGACAAAACAGUGAUAAAUGACUGUAUAUGCUUGACAUUCACUGAUAAUGGGAACGGUAUGACAUCAGAUAAAUUACACAAAAUGCUAAGCUUUGGCUUCAGUGACAAAGUCACCAUGAAUGGUCAUGUCCCGGUUGGAUUGUAUGGGAAUGGCUUCAAGUCAGGUUCUAUGCGUUUGGGUAAAGAUGCAAUAGUUUUUACCAAAAAUGGAGAAACCAUGAGUGUGGGCUUCUUGUCUCAGACCUACUUGGAAGUCAUAAAAGCAGAACAUGUUGUUGUUCCAAUAGUGGCAUUCAACAAACACCGUCAGAUGAUUAAUUUAGCAGAAUCAAAAGCAAGCCUUGCUGCGAUUCUGGAACAUUCUCUGUUUUCUACGGAACAGAAAUUACUGGCAGAACUUGAUGCUAUUAUGGGUAAGAAGGGGACAAGAAUCAUCAUUUGGAAUCUUAGAAGCUACAAAAAUGCGACGGAGUUUGAUUUUGAAAAGGAUAAAUAUGACAUCAGAAUUCCUGAGGAUUUAGAUGAGGCAUCGGGGAAGAAAGGGUACAAGAAGCAAGAAAGAAUGGACCAAAUUGCCCCUGAGAGUGACUAUUCCUUGAGGGCUUACUGCAGUAUAUUAUAUUUAAAGCCAAGAAUGCAGAUAAUCUUACGUGGACAGAAAGUGAAGACACAGCUAGUUUCGAAGAGUCUUGCCUACAUUGAACGUGAUGUUUAUCGACCUAAAUUUUUAACUAAAACAGUGAGAAUUACUUUUGGAUUCAACUGCAGAAAUAAAGAUCAUUAUGGCAUAAUGAUGUAUCACAGAAAUAGACUCAUCAAAGCUUAUGAAAAAGUUGGAUGUCAGCUAAGGGCAAACAACAUGGGUGUUGGAGUAGUUGGAAUUAUAGAAUGUAACUUCCUUAAGCCAACUCAUAAUAAGCAAGAUUUUGACUAUACCAAUGAGUACAGACUUACAAUAACAGCACUAGGAGAAAAGUUGAAUGAUUACUGGAAUGAAAUGAAAGUGAAGAAAAAUUCAGAAUAUCCUUUAAAUUUGCCAGUUGAAGAUAUACAGAAACGUCCUGAUCAAAUGUGGGUUCAGUGUGAUUCCUGUCUGAAGUGGCGAAAAUUACCAGAUGGGAUAGAUCAACUUCCAGAAAAAUGGUAUUGCUCCAAUAACCCUGACCCACAGUUCAGAAACUGUGACGUUCCAGAAGAACCUGAAGAUGAAGAUUUGGUACAUCCCACUUAUGAAAAAACCUACAAAAAGAACAACAAAGAAAAAUUCAGGAUCAGACAACCAGAAGUGAUACCACGGAUUAAUGCUGAACUGUUUCGGACAACCCCUGUUUCAAGUCAGAGUUUUUCUCCUGUGAGGGAAAGUAUUUCAAGGGGACAUCAUUCAGAAGUGACAAAUUCCUAUCCAACAAGACCUAUAAAUAAUCAUCGAGUUUCACCUCAGUCUGAACCUGAGAACAACAGCCUAAAACGGAGGCUUUCUACUCGUUCCUCAAUUUUGAAUGCAAAGAAUCGGAGAUUAAGUAAUCAGACUUUUGAAAAUUCAGCUCACAAAGAUGACAAUGAUGAUGAUGAAGAUGUGAUCAUCUUAGAAGAAAACAGUACUCCCAAACCUGCAGUAGAUCAUGAUGUUGAAGUUAAACUAGAACAGAGUCACAUUGAACAAAGUAGUGUUCAAGUUGAGCUUGUGGGCAGUGCUAAACCUUGUGGGCAGGCUAACUCAACAAGCACUGCAUCAUCCAGGUGUGAUCAGGGUACUACUGCAGCCACCCAGACGGAAGCACCAAGUUUAGUUAUUAAAAAGGAAGAAAUUAUUGAAGAUGAGAUAGAUAUAAGAAAUGAUAUAGCAAUACUGCCCUCCUGCGUAGAUGCUGAAGGAAAGAUACAGGAAGCCCAGGAAACCUUUGCUAAGGCUGCAGAUGAUGUUGGUUGCCAAUUACAGGAGCUGAGAAAUGAACUACUUUUAGUCACUCAAGAAAAAGAUAAUUAUAAGAGACAGUGUCAUACAUUUACAGACCAAAUCAAAGUAUUACAACAACGAAUACUAGAAAUGAAUGACAAAUAUGUGAAGAAGGAAACUUGUCAUCAGUCUACUGAAACUGAUGUUUUUUUACUUGAGAGUAUUAAUGGCAAAUCUGAAAGUCCAGACCAUGUGGUAUCUCAGUAUCGGCAAGCUUUGGAAGAAAUAGAAAGGCUGAAAAAACAGUGUAGUGCUUUGCAACAUGUAAAGGCUGAAUGCAGCCAGUGUUCUAAUACUGAGAGUAAAAGUGAGAUGGAUGAAAUGGCUGUGCAGCUUGACAGUGUAUUUAGGCAACUGGACAAAUGCAGUAUUGAGAGGGACCAGUACAAAAAUGAGUUGUGUUCUCAGAUGGCUCUUCAGGACCAGCCAUCAUAUCUGCUUUCCAAGCUGCAAGAAAGAGAAGGGGUUGAAUUAUUGGAAAUGGAAAAAUCACAGAUUCGUUCUCGGUGUGAAGAACUCAAAACUGAAAUUGAACAGUUAAAAUCUGCAAGUCCUCAGAGAGGAACCGAUGUUUCAACUUCAAGUAACAUUGAGGAGUCUGUAAAUUAUGCAGAUGGGGAAAGCCUCAAACUUCGAUCUCUUCGAGUUAAUGUAGGACAACUGCUGGCCAUGAUUGUACCUGAUCUUGAUCUUCAGCAAGUGAAUUAUGAUGUUGAUGUAGUUGAUGAGAUUUUAGGGCAAGUUGUUGAGCAAAUGAGUGAAAUCAGUAGUACUUAGUAUGUCUCAUGAAUUAAUAAAAUACUUGCCCAGUCCUUUUUGUUGUAUGGCUUUCAAAAUAUAAACAGUUUUGUUCUUUAGUUUUGGUAGGUAACAGACUGAAGAACCAUUGUCUUUACUGUAUUCUAUGCAUUCAAAUGUGGUCACAGAUAUUGUGGGCACAUUUUCAUCUUUUUUUAAUGCCUGUGAAUUGUUGGUAUUGAGCAGCUGAAUAGCUAACUUAUGACUGUUUCGAAUGUAUAUAUUUGAAUGUAAAUAUUAGGCCCAUACAUAUUUUUUUAUUGUUCCUAAAAUACAUAAGUGAUUUUCACCAAGAGCUUUUCAGGUUGCCCCUAAGCUUUGUGCAAUUUUUUCUGGUUGCCAAAAGAGUAUUUUUCUUGGAAUUGAGGGCUGUACCAUGAUAUAAAUGAAAAUGCUACUACCUUUGAUUUUCUUAUAAAGGAGUUUAAAUAAUUUUUAAAUAAUGUAAGAGCACUCCUGAUUACAGUCUGGUUAUAAGGGAAUGAGCAUUAGUGUUUCUUUUCUAUAAAUUCCUAUCUCUUGACACACAUUAUUCAUGAAAAUAUUGUAAGCAAAAACUGACUCCAUUUUGCCAGGGUUUUUCUUGUGCUGAGAUUGCCAAUCAUGAUCAAACACAAAGUGUUUUUAUAGAACAAAGAAACAAUCGUUAGUAUAAAGUAUUGAAAAUAUUAAAUAACCACCAAGUUUACUUUUGAAGCCCAUUUUUAGCUGUUUAGUCAGCAUGGAGUGGGCACAAUAAUUAUUUAAUAUUUCUUUUUGUGAAAUUUCCUGUACAGCCUUUUGUAGGAUUAUUGCAGAUUAAUAUGAGUUGAGGAAGACAAUCUUUCUCAGCAAUACUGCAAACCUUUUAUUAUAUUACAGACCUAAGUGUUUUAUAUCCUGGAGUUAAGGAACAAACUGCCCUAGGAUUAUAGUAUUACAUGCCAUAAUAUAUGCUUUAUUGUUUUAUGUUUUGUGCAAUCUUAAAGAAAUAGCUUUUUAUUAAGUGUAUAUCUCUAUGUGUAUAUAAUUAAAAAUCAUAUUUUCAACAACUAAAAUAGGCAUUAUUUUUUCCAAAGUUUUAUCAUCGCUAUUUAUUUUUACUUUUGUUUCUGAAAAUUCAAUACAUAUUCAUUUUGUAUGUGUACUUAAUUACAUGUCUGUCAUACAAUAUUGAAUUUCUAUUGUAUAUUACCUUCUGGAAAGAGCAAAUAAAUGAAGAUUGUUUUUAUUUGCUUGAUAAAGUAUUUGAAAGUGUAUUUUUGGUAUGAAACUGGUUUUGUCUCAAUUGUAACUGCCCACAUUUUUAAAAUACAUUGUAAUAAAAUAUAUGAUGUCUGCCUCUUCAGA